CAUGAUAAGAAAGGCUGAAGUACAACUUCAGUUCUGUGCAUUGCGUCACACCCACGGUGUGCUCCCAACCAAACACCAGGCAAGCAGAAGAAGCACGGAGGUCUCUAAGUCUUAAGUGUUGGCACUGCUGUCUGAAAACUAAGGCAAAGCUAAUAAGUAUUUCAGGGGAGAAAACGAAUACCUCAGUUUCAAUUGGGAAUUUGAGAAGAGAUGUGCAUGUUGAGAGUUAGGUUUCUGGUUAAGUCUCUAUGACUGGGCAAGUGUUCCACCCUGGUGUGCAGUCCGAAGGCCAUCCUGAGAAAAAUGCCUCAGGUGCCAGCGGAAUGAUCUUCAGUCAAAACCGUGUGAAACGUGAUGUCUUCUGGAAUUAACUGUCAGUCCCAGGCCUUAACCAAACCUGCAUUUGGUGAAAAAGAAGUGACUGAACUGAUUGACAGGGUGUUUGGAUUAAAAGUGUCUUGGAUCAGGCCACUUCCCAGCUACGAUGAUCAGAACUUCCACGUGGGUGUCUCAGGAAACCAAAGUGUGUCUGAAGGUGCUGAUGAGUAUGUCCUCAAAAUCACCAAUUCAGAAGACAGCCAGGAGCCUGACCUCAUUGAAGUGCAGACCCAGGCCAUGAUGUUUCUCAAGGCUGAGGGCUUUCCUUCAGCUAGUCCUUAUCUUACAAAAGAUGGAAAAAUAAUGUCUCUGGAAUGCGGAGGUACUGGACCUGAGAAGAAAAAGUACAUGGUCCGACUGCUGACUUACCUGCCAGGUACACCUGUAGCAAAGAUUGCUACAAAUGCUCAGAUCUUCUAUGAGAUUGGUCAGAUGGCUGCUAGGUUGGAUAAAGCACUCUCAGAGAAAUUCUGUCAUCCAUCAGUAAAAAGCCUGCAUCGAGGUCAGUUCAUUUGGAACCUGGCAAAUGUUCCUCUUUUAGAUCAGUAUGCUUAUGCCUUGGGCCAGAACAAACACCGUGAAGUUGUGGAACAAGUUAUCGAGCAGUUUAAAGGGAGAGUAAUACCCAAGCUAAGCAGUUUUCGACCCUGUAUCAAUCAUGGAGACCUUAAUGACCACAACAUUCUAGUAGAUUCAAAUUCUGCUUCUCCGGAGAGUCUUCAGUACAGAGUGUCGGGCAUCCUGGAUUUUAGCGACAUGAGUUACGGCUACUAUGUAUUUGAAGUGGCAAUAGCGAUCAUGUACAUGAUGAUCGAGAGCUCAGACCCUCUGCGUGUGGGGGGGCACGUUCUGGCAGGGUUCGAAAGCGUCCUGCCGCUCACAGAAGAGGAGAGAGGUGCCCUCUUCUUCCUGGUGUGCGGGAGGUUUUCGCAGUCCCUGGUCCUUGCAGCCCACACAGCUCUGCUGUACCCAGAGAAUAAGGAAUACCUGUCGAUCACGGCCAGAACCGGGUGGAAACACCUCCUGAGAAUGUUUGAGGUGGGCCGAGGAGCGGUGGAGCGCGCGUGGUUCCAGACCGCCGGAAGAUACGCGAGUGGCGCGGCUGCCGAGUAGCCGCGGGCUGCCUGACCGCCGACGGGCAAUAAAGGCUGCGCUGGCUGCGCUGGA